AUGGCUUCCGAGUCGAGAUUGUACACAUUAUCCGACGAGACGAGACAUCAGCUGCGCAAGUUCCGUCUGACUACUUCCAGAGCCAAAGACCCUCAGGCCGUCAUUUACAUGAUUGAUAAGAACACCCAUGAGAUUCGGCAGGCUCUAGACGACUAUGACGAAGCGAGAGUCUACAAAUCCCUUGACCAAGUUGCUGGGGAUUUGCCGGACCACGCGCCGCGAUUUGUCCUCUUGAGCUACCCUCUGACAACGUCUGACGGUCGGCUGUCGGUUCCAUAUGUGCUGCUGUACUAUCUCCCGAUAACAUGUAAUGCUGAGACGAGGAUGCUGUAUGCUGGCGCCAAGGAACUGAUGCGGUCCACGGCCGAAGCUGGGAGCGUGAUCGAUAUCGAGUCUGCAGAGGACCUGGAUGAUGUCCCUGAGAAAUUGCGCAACAAAUGA